CUUUUACUCCGCAUUCGUUGUCCGUAUUUUUUGAUAGUCUUGAUUUGGCUUCCUCCUCUUAAAAGCCCAAAUUCAAUUAUAAAUCACCCAAGAGGUAGUGAUCUAUAGUUUUUAUUUUAAUUGGUUAACAUGAAUGAAGAAUCCAAGAAUGAGACUGUGAACGCAGAAAAUUGCAUGGAGAAAAAGGUGGCAUGUGUGGAUUAUCGAUCUUCAGCAGGGCAAGGUCAAGAAAUUAGGAAGGUUGAUGUAAUUCACGAGCUCCAUACAACGAACAACACCACUGGUGGAAUACUUGCUGGUGCUACUGCUGCUGUUACAUCCACCCUACAGUCUGCCAAGGAUGCCAUGGCAAAAAAAUAAUGUUAUCAAUUUGUUUAGCCAAGGAAAUAGGUUUGGCAAUGUGUAAAUUUAUUCUUUUAUUGCUAUUGCUAACUUGUCCUUUAGUCACGAAGCAGACAUGGACAAAGUAGUGCCAAUGAUGUAUUCAGUAUUGUAUCAGAAUUAAUCCUACUGUAACUAUUGUAAGGCUAAUUAGCCAAAGCCGCUAUAUCAUUUUUCAGUAUUUUCACCGUAAAAGAAU